GAACGUUGACUUUGACUGUCGAGACCAUAUUUGCAACUGAUUUUCAAUCAUCAAGUAUAAAAUCCAUACCCAUCAACAGUGCACGUCUAAAUAAUACCGCGUGCCCAUUUUAAUUUCUUAGAUAACGUUAGAUUAUUUUCUGGUGAGUUGUGGCUCCAUAUUCGUUCGUUUAUGGCUUCAAACUCUUUUCAUACUUAAACAUAGACAAGUGAACGGUGUGGGGAAAAAGCAAGGCAUUGCUCAGAAUAAAUGAGUGCGGGCUUCAGUAUGAACAGUGGGGGUUGAUGUAGAAGAACCCGUGAUAUUGUUUCUGUGAUGAGUGCGACAGGUCAUUCAAGACUUACUUACCGACGGCCGAGACACGACUACCUCAGUACAAGAAACGAACCUAAAGUUCCUGGCGCUGGGCACUGCUCUGAUGACUUUGUGUUCGGCCACACCUCCAGCCGGUUAUCUGAAGAAACCUGACAAUGACAAGGACCCGCCAAAAUACGAAUUUGGAUACCACGUACGAGACGGGAAAGGCGGUCGCCAAGGUCACCUGGAAACUCGUGACGGGAUAUACGCAUUAGGACUGUAUUACGUGACCCUGCCGGACGGGAGUGGACAGAGUGUGCGCUACUUUGCCGAUGACUGGGGUUACCACCCGCUGGUAUCCUACACCAGCUCCACAAAGACAGGCUCCACAAAGACCCACUUUGCUCUCGGCGAAAAGGCAGUCGCUGCUCUGGCUAGGUCAAAAGAAUCUAAUUCUUUGAUAUCAGCGACUAGACCGACAGCGUCAACGGUGAAAAAUUCAGUGUUAAAACUAUCGAAUGGUGUGGGCAGUGGGGACUCAGACACGGGAAACAGUCAGAAGAUUAUACCCGGUUCUGUGGAUCUGUCUUCCAAUAGAGUUGUAAAACCCGGAAGUAAAUCAUCAUCUUAUCAGCACGCGUCACAACCCUCCGAACACCAAGUUGACGUAUCUGAUAUAAACAACAUCGUUGAUUCAAACGGAGGAUCAGAAAAUGGGGAAUAUGAGGUCGUUACUCCCCUUUAUUCGCCAUCACAACGCUUAACAAGUUCAGGGUCUCCUAGUUCCUUUCUGACGUCUGAACAGACUUCUAAUUACGAACCUGGACAAGAAUUUCAACAGAUCAGCACUAAAGGAGUCGGUUCUUAUAGUUACCAGUUAAUUGAAAUUGGAGGUGAUUCAUCCGGCAAUAAAGUUUCUGGAUCAUUGUCAACUGUGUUUUUACCAUUAUCAUCUAAAACAGUUAAUACUGAAAGUGUAAAUUCAUCUCGGGACGAAAAUGGCAACAAUUUUAAAGUAACAUCCCACGUGAACAAUAAGAAUAUUGCCCUACAAUUUGGUGACAAAAUUCCGAACGUGGGUUCGGCCUUUAUUCAAACAGUCUCCAGCGUAGAUCAAGAUCAAAAUGACAUAUACAAGGAAAAAGAAUAUAUUUUUAAAGACACAUCACCUCCGGCACCACAACGUCAUUCUGUAUUACGACCAAUUAUUGUUGCUGAAAUAUAUCCAAAGGAACGAGACAAAGAAACAAUUCAAUCUGUAAGGCCCAUUGUUAUAUUACCGUCGACAACUGCUGCAACGAUACAUGCAUCUCAUUUCCCAGAAUCAACUUCAUCAAUUUCACUCCCAGGUUCAGGUGAAGCACAGUCAGGUUCCAUUGUUUCCAAAAAGCUUAAAGCCAUCGACGAAUAUUCAACGCCAUCAAACACCUUAUUACAUUCUCAGGACGGAUCACUCUCAUAUUCGUCGGGAUCUGAAAGUAUUUCCCAAUCUUUAGGGUCAGUUAACAAUGACAGACUUGCUGGUCACAUCGUUUCUCAAGUAUAUUCAACUCCAAAACCCGUCUUGCUGUCACACAUUAAGCAGACAACUGCCUCUGUUUCUUCUUCUGGGCUUGAAGGCAGUUCAUCAGAAUCAGCUUCCUUUGCCGAUGGAAGACACACGGCUCAUGCCGAACCACUUGUUCAUACAACUCCAGUACCAGUGUUCUUGUCGUAUUCACAUGGCAGUUCAAAUGCACAGCAAAAUGUAUCCCCUUUGGUUGUUUUGUACCCACCAGCAUCAUCUUAUUCACACAUAUCGAGCUCUACAAGAAGUGGAACAAACGGCGAUGUAAUUACUGGGGUGUACUCAACCCCGACACCCGUAUCAUUGUUACAGUCACAGGAGUUUUCAUCUUACGCAUCAAACAGAUCCGAAGAAUAUCCCCAAAAGGAGUAUACUACGACAACCGACAACGGCGAUUCACAGCGGGUUAUUGAAAGCCAACCCUCGAACCCAACUUCAGUUUACAUAUCGCAUUCACCGAAAUCGUCUUCAUUUUCUGUAUCUGAUUCUGGUGGAAGUUCUCAGGUUUCAAGUUCAAUUACUGCAACUAGUAAUGGUAACUCUGGCCAUAUCUCUGGCAGCGGUAUUUUCUCAGCAACUUCUCGACCUCCAGUAGAAUCUAAUUCCAAUUCUGAGUUGUCUUUGUCUGGACAUAUUUCCAGUCCUGCAAUUUUACUCAACUUAAAUUCACAGCCCAUUUCAACGACCCUGACAUCUUCAAUUAAUGUAUUAGCUCCGAUACAAGCCGGGGUGUCAUCAGGCUUAAAACCUCACCAACAGUUAACAGCAGUCUCUGACGUUCCUUCCACGCCUGAGGCAACGCCACAGCCACCCAAAGUAAAAGAAGAUAUAGAUGAUAUUCCACAAACAAACACUGUCGUUGAAGUUGAAAAAGCAGUUUUACUUGACUUUAAUAAACUUCUUCUUAAACCUGAUGGAGAAAACAAGGAAAAUGUUGGGGUCCCUGCAUCAGCAGUGCCAACAGCAAACGCACAACAAGUAACAGAAAGUAGAAAACAAGUUGACCAAAUCAGUGACCAGCAACAGAUAUUUUCAGGAAAUCCUAUUGAGUAUGUUUAUGGUCAGCCACUGACUGGGUUACAGGCAUAUCCCCAAAUAGGGUAUAGCCUUCCUCGUCUAAUUGGAUCCACUGAACAAUUGUUAUACGGAUACAACUUGCCAAACUUCGAUGUUCAAAAGCCCACUCAUUUCAGUUACAAUCCCAAGCAACAGUUUCAUAGCGGAGUGGAGCUACAAGCGCCAUAUCAACAGUCAUCUGAAAAAGGCAAAGAGAAGCAACAAGAAGAAGAAUACGCUCAUAAACAAGCGAAUGGACUACUGCAAACAAUACCGGAGUACCAACAGCAAGUAACAGAAUUUGAGAAGGUGAGAGGAAAGUACCAGCACGAUCAACGAUUAAAAAUACAGUUGGAAGACGUUUCACAGUCUCGUCUCCAAAAUGGCGUUAAUAAUAAGCAAUUAGCUGGCGGGGGACGCCAUAUUUUCGGCCAGCAAUUGCCUGGAGUGACACAAGCGGAAUCCGGAUACAGUCAACGGCCAGUACAACCGGAGACUGAAGUUAAACAAUAUCAGGCUCCUGAACAAAUUAGUCAAGAAAUAACAUACCAGCAACCUUUGGAAAUAAGACAGCAAACACAAUACCAGUCACCUACAGAAAUUAACCAACAAGUACUAUACCAACCAUUAGGUCAACAGAUAGGUUACCAACUACCCAUCGAGUUUAACCAGCAAAUAGAAUUUCUGGUACCCACAAAACUUAACCAACCGAUUCAACAAGCUGUAAAUACUGUAGGAGUGCAGUCCAGUUAUAAUCAACACACAAAUAUCUUACCAGAGCUUACCCAACAGACCACACCAACAAGUACACAAGCGUUGGAAGUUAGCAGUCAAACAAUAAAUCUGGGCCAGCCCUCGUAUAAUAGAAAACCUGACCAAGAGUAUAAUCAUCAGUUAUUAGAAGAAGAAAUGCAGGAAAAAGUGAGAUUUAGCAACCAAAUAAGCAAGGACUUGAAGCAGCUACAUGUUGAUUAUAAUGAAGGCAGCGUGAGAACACAAGUUCCAGUAAAUACAUUAAAAGAGGAAAAGAUUUUGUCUUUGCCUGUGGAGUACCCUGCACUGCCUCCUCCUGCCGUCGUCCAUCUGAAUCGUCCUCAGGCAGUGUUGAAAGUGGAAAAAUCAAAGUCGACAGAUAAUACUAGGCUGAUAACAGUUGUGAAGCCUGUUCCAGUACACCACACUAAAGUGGUUGAGAAACCAAUCCCUGUUCCUCAUGCAGUCCCUGUUGAGGUCACAAAACUUGUGCCUGUUGAAAGACCAGUGCCGUACCCACAUCCAGUCCCUGUCCCUUAUGCUGUUCCUCACCCCAUAGAAGUACCUGUACCCCAUUUGGUCCCUUAUCCCCACAUCGUUCCUGUCCCUUAUAAAGAACUACAUCCGGUCUUCUUUCGUAAUGAUAAACCUUACAAGAACGACUUAUCAUUGUACCACUAUCAAGUUCAAAACUUCCCCAGUAGCACACCGUUACCUGUCAUCUUAAAAACUUUGCAGUACAAUGGAGGAAGAUACGGUGUCCCAGUGUCUAUAAAGCCUCAACAUUUUCACCCUUCGCCCGUUCCACAACCUGUGUACCUCACGCCACCUCCGCUGAAGGUCAGCGGAAGAGGACGAGAACUCCAACAGACCAAGAAUCUUGAUCAUUUCCGGACUCUUUGUGUUGAAUAUGGUUUUAAACCUCCUUUAGUGCCAUCUGUACAAAUUUACGAUGUACCUCCAUCGGCAUAUGGACCUCCGAAGAAAGACUGAAUGCAUUUGUACACUUAUUAAUUAAUGAUUUAAUUGUUAUAAGGUCACCGUACAUUUUAAGUAAGUUAUACACUGACAUGUAUCGAAACUAACCAAGUGAUCUGUUUUUAAAAUUCUGUCGUUUAUGACAUUCUCGACCAAACAUGACUGGUUGCAUCAAAGACGUGAGUAUAUCUUAUGAGCUCUCUACUUUUGUUUAUUCUUCUACUGAACACAGCAUACAACUGUAGUUUAGAGAAAUUAAAUUAUCUCGUAUAAUUCAAAUGCAGCGUGAAAUUCUUAAUUUUCUUAGGCAAAGGAAAUUAUCACAAAAAAUAUUGUAGAAAAAUAUGUGUUACGAUUAUACUGCAUAGGCCUAUUGUUUAUAUGAUUUGUUAAUUAUUUUUGUAAAUAUGUGUACAAACAAUAAUGUACAUAUACACAUUUCGAAGGAAUGAUUUAAUUAAAUUUAGCUUACAAAAGAUAAGCUAUAAAAUAACCGAAGCCACAUCCAUGUCAUUCUGUCCUUAGCGGUGCUGGGUAAGAAACACUACUAGAAAUAUUCGUGAUGUCAUCGAAUAAUUGAUAUGUAAUAUUUUACAACAGCCAUUCUUUAGCUAUGUAGUAAAAGUAACACAAGGGAAUGUGUGGAAUAAGCAUAAUACCUAUGUAAUGUUUAUCCAUUUGUAAAUACACUGACAAUAUUUAGAAAUUUUUUCGUAAAAAAUGUUGGACAGAAAGUUGUUUGAAGUGCAAUUAAUAAAGUGUGUAAAAGAGAGAGAUAAAUGUGGGAGGAAUGGAAGAGAGAGAAAAACGGUUGAUACAAGUUUAAAUUGAACAUACUACAAAGAUUUAAAUUAUACUAACCGGGAAAUUAUAUCCGAAAGUACACAAAUGCGUGGAGACUGUGAACCACAUAAACAUAUAAUUUAAAAACGAACAUAGUUACAAAUUUUGUGUUCCCUCUUUUUACUUUUAAGGGAAGACCUUCUGGGAGUUGAAGCCAUUCUGUAGAAGAGAGACUAACGGAAAGAGUCAGGCGGUUUCAAACCCAUUUACGUCCACCGUAAACACGUGUUUCACUGAAACAGAAAGGUAAUAGGCAAACGCAUCGUGGGGAGUGCGUAAUAUGAAAUGACGUAGCUGAAAUGGGGGAGCGAAGCAAUUUUUAUUUAAAGUGACGUUUAAUUGUUCCGAAAUGCUCCCACUGUGAUUACGGGAUGCAUGCACAUUUGUCUGUUAGAGCGUCCAUUUAAAGCCUUAUGUACAUGUUUGCUAUAUACUUCCUAUUUGUUUUAUAGCUGUGUUUGUACGUUGUGUAUGAUGUUUGUGACAUGUAAUGCUGUACAAUCAUGAUUGUCUGAUUUUAAUUUUAAAGUUUUAAAUCUACAUGUCACAUAAUAAAUACUUUUAGCAUAUGUGUUAUGUUUAGAAUAAAAUUCUAUAAAUAGUUUCAAGGAUUUGAUUGCUAAAUGGUCAUUCUGAUGUGAUCAAAUCUGGAAGGAAUAUAUUUUAUAUUAUAGAAUAAUUUUAAGUUGAAAGAGUUUACUUGUCUUCAGUCAGUUUUAUUCCGUAAUUUAAAUGUAAUUAUAUUACAGAUAUCGUAACGGUUCGGCGUAGGUUUCUUCAAAACAUUUUACCAGUGAAACAUCUGUUUCAUAUGUGCACAUAUAGUCAACUGAAUGCUGAUAUAAAGGAAUAAACUGAUUUCGUUCGGGGUUAUUAAUGAAUCAAGAGAACAAAUGACUCCGAACAAACGUUAUACUUAAUGGUUGAUGGUAUGGGAAUAGUAGUCGGCUGGUCUUUUAUUUGUAACAUUCAAAACUUUUGUUUAUUUUGACCGCAACGCCAUGUGCUGGAGCCAGAUACAAAUUCCUGGAUAUGAGCAGGAACCAAGCGAAGCUUAAAUACUCAUUCUUAUAUAUAAAAAUGUGAUUUUCAAAAUGAAGCUGUUUUGGGUUUUUUUAUAAAGACAAUAUGUUGGAGCACGCAUGGUCUUAUUUAUACUUACCACAGUAUUUCCUUCAUAAUAAAUUAAUCAUUAGUGUUCAAAGUC